CAAUGUGUGUUGUGUCACAUGCCUACGGUAUAUGAAUUCUGUUCUCACGUUGUCGCAAAUGGGGAACCCAUUCAUCAAUUGACAUGUGAUUCAAGUCAAUGCCAGGGUAGGCCCGGUAAAACAGGACCUCACGGACCAAAAGGCUCUAUUGGCGUUAAAGGAGAGAAAGGUGAAAGGGGCACGACAGAACAUCUGGAAGAAAGAAUUAGCGAAUUAGAAGACUUCCAAGCCACUACAUCACGAAUUUUAGAAGCAUUGCCCAAGUCCACAUACUGCUACAUGGGGGUGAGAAACAGAGAUGUUCCAGAUUCAGCAAUGACUUCUUCUUCGAUUGCGGGUGGUGGAUACGAAGCAUACAAUGGACGACUUGAUAAUCAGAUCAGUUCGGGAAAUCAUGCAGUAUGGGCAGCAGCAUCCAAUCGCCAAGGAGAAUGGUUACAGAUCGACUUCGGUACUCCCAAACUUAUUGGUGGAAUCAUAACUCAAGGACGACCAAUACACAGCCAGUGGGUUCGAUCAUUCAAAAUAUCCUGCGGAAGUUCUACUUCCUCGUUAACGACUAUAAAACAUAACAACUCAGAUAAGAUAUUUCCCGGCAACCUCGACAGAGAUUCGAAAGUGAUCAACAUGUUUACUGCGCCAAUAACAUGCAGAUAUAUUCGCGUUCAUCCGGAAUCCUGGUAUGGACAUAUCAGCAUGAGAGUGGAAUUCAUUAACGGACUCUGCCAUGGCAUGGCUCUCUGA